CUGAAGAAGUCUUGGAGAUAAUGUCUUGCUAUUCUAUUACACUUUUGCUUAUUAUAUUUUGUAAUGGUGUUAGUGUGAUAACAAUGUUGCAAGGGACGUUCGGUUACGUGGAGUACUUCCCAGGUGAUCCCAAUAGCAGAUUAAUAAUAGCUGCACCCCAUGGUGGUUACCUCAAACCAAGAAGUAUGCCGGAUAGGGUCGCCGGCUGUUGGGACGGCUCCAGGUGUGUCUGGCGCCAUUCGUGUGGGUUCCCGGAUGUGUCCCGAUGCCAGGCAAACACUGCAAGAGAUACAAAUACCAGAGACUUGGCUAUACGUGUUUGGGAGAACAUGGAGCAACUAACCGGCAUCAAGCCACACUUAAUCAUCAGCAAUCUACACAGAGUGAAAAUGGACCCCAACCGAUCAGUGAACGAGGCAGCAUUUGGUGUACCGAAUGCCAUGAAGGCGUACAGAGAAUACCACUCAUUUAUCAGAGAAGCGUAUGGCCGCAUUAGAGGUGCUGGUCUGUUCAUUGACAUUCAUGGUCAAAGUCAUCCCAAUCGUUGGAUUGAAUUGGGCUACCUCGUCUCAACAAGAAGACUGAAUGAAAAUAAUGCAAUUCCACAAUUUUCCUCCAUCAGAUCGCUCUACAACUCCUUGCGUGAUUACGUUACUUUUGACCAUCUACUCCGCGGCGACUACAGCUUGGGCAGAUUACUCAACAGAAGGGGAUACAGGGCGGUUCCCUCCCCGGGUAUCAGGGCCCCUGGACGCGCGGCCUAUUUCACAGGGGGGUAUUCUACCAUGACUUAUGGUUCUCGAUUUAGUGGAAGGAUCGAUAGCAUUCAGGUAGAAUCUCCUGUCCAUCUACGCACAGAUCGUCGCCGUCCUACUUACGCCAGGGAUCUUGCCAAGGUGCUUCGUGACUUCAUGGCUCUGUAUAACUGA